AAAUGAAAUUAGGUAUCAUUGAUUAUAUUGUUUCAGGUCUCAUCGUCGUGGUCCAACCGUCGUUCAAUGAAUGUCAAAAUGUGGUCUUCACAAGGCAACAAUUCGAAUGCAAAUGCUGCAUCAAAAGAAGAAAAGAAUCUACGUACAUUGGGCAUGACAUCUGCUAUCAGUGUAGCAGAACCAAAGCCAAGUGAUCUUACUAGAACAAAUGAACUAAAAGAAGCGUUGAAGCCGUAUAAUGUGUUUGAAUCUGAAGAAGAGUUAAAUCACAGAAUGGAAAUUUUAAGUAAAUUAAAUACGUUGGUGAAACAAUGGAUACGGGACACAAGUAUCGCCAGAAAUAUGCCACCCAACGUUGCUGAACAAGUGGGCGGUAAAAUAUACACUUUCGGUUCAUACAGGUUAGGGGUACAUCACAAAGGUGCUGAUAUCGAUGCUCUAUGUGUUGUACCGCGUCACAUCUAUAGGUCGGAUUACUUUACGUCCUUUUUUGAAUUACUCAAAAUGCAAGAAGAAGUUACAGAUUUAAGGGUAUGUAUCUCAGUUAUCGUCAAGUAAAUAUAACAAUAAGUUGCUUGUUUAAUUUGAAUUUUUUUCAAAUAGCACUCGGGCUAUAAGUAGGGCAAUAUAUAUUU